AUGACUCUUUCUCAUACUAUUUAGAAUUAAGAAGACAUUUAAAGUUUAAAGUCGGAGCAUUUAUAAAUUUUUAUUUAAACAUCUGAAUAGGUUGUUUUAGAUAAAAUUGAAUGCAAGAAUUUAAUUCUAAUUGUGGAGUAUGAUUUAUAUAUUUAUAUUUUUUAGGGGAUUUUUAAACUAUAAGCAUUAUGCUUCUUUAAUUUUAUCAUUAAAUCACUUAAAUUUGAGCAGUUUUAAAUUGAAAUAUGGGUAAUAUGUAAUAUCAGAUAAAAUAGUGCAAAUAAUUAAUUUUCAGAUGAUGAUGCUAGAAUUUUAGCUAAAUUUAUUUUAAAUUAGAAAAGCCUUGUAUCUCUAGAUAUUCAUUUUGAUUUAAAGAAUCCAUUAAAGUAAUUAUAACCAAUUUUGGAAGCAAUUAAAAUUCAUGAAAAUAAACUUAUGCAUUUAAAAUUAAAUUUUGAGUAAGUACUAAAUAUUUUAAUAGAGAUGAAUUACCAUUAUGCUUUAAGGAUUUAUAAUUUAUUACAUCUAGAAAAUUAUAGUCCAUUUCUUUAUAAAUUGGAUAAGGAGUUUGUCUAGGUUAAAAUUGGUCUCAUUUUGAAAAUUAUUUAGAAGAUUCUAUUUUGAGUGAGCUUUCUUUAUUUAUAAGUCCAUUUAAUAAAUUAGAUAAAUCAUUUCAUUCUUUUUUUAAAUGGUUAGAAUCAUAAACUAAGAUUGAAAAGUUAAAUAUAACUAUAGGUGCUCAAACUGAUUUAGAUAAAUAAGCACUCACUUAAUUAGGUUUAGCAUUAUAAAAAAUAGAAAAUUUAAAAUAUCUUAAUUUAAUUUUACAUGACACCAGAAAUUUAUCAUAACAUUCUUUUGAUCAAAUUGUAAAAUCAUUAGGAAAAUUAGAAAAUUUGAAUUUAAAUUUAGGGUAUAAAUAUAUUUCUAAAAUGAUAGAAAUAAUUAUGGAAUUAACAAUUAUGAUAUUUUAUACAAAGAAGUGAAAAAUAUUUCAUCUGUUAAAUUGUCAUUAGGAGCUCAUCAUAAAUUUAUUUCACAAGAAUUAUUUUUAAAUUGCAAUAUUAAGAUAUUGGAUAUAAAAUUGUUAAAAGGAUGUACAAUAAAGCAAGGAAGCUUUAAAUCUAUUGAAAGCUUUCUUGAAAAAACAGAAAAAUUGAUUAUAGAGUUAAGUGAUGGAAAAGAUUGUUCAGAUUUAGAUUUAAUAGAUUUGAUAGGUCAAAUAACUCCCAAUUGUGAUAUAAGAUUAAACACAAACACCUAAUAUAUAAGAAAAGUCAAAUAAACAUUGUAAAUUUAAUUGGAUACAAUUCAAUCUAUAAAAGUAUUGUUUAAUACUUUAAGUUAAAAAAUGGAUUUAUUUUAAAAUUUAAAAAUCUUUAUAAAAUCUACUAGCAUAGAAUAAGAAUCAAUCGAUCCUAUUAUAAAAUAAUUAUAAUAAUCUCAAUUAAAAGUUUUAAGCCUGAUAAUAAAAAAGAUAAAUAAUUUUAAGUGCAACUAAAUGAUUGAUUUUUUUUAAUAAAUAGUGAUUUUGAAAUAAUGGACAUUCCUAUCGAUUGAAGUUAUGUAAAAAUGUAUAAUGUAAUUAUAUGGAAAAUCAGUGGUGAAUCAGUAAGUAAAUUUUUAAGUGCAUUCAGGAUUGAAAUUAGGAUAGUAAGGAAUGGAAUAUAUAGCAAAAUCAUUAAAAAGUAUAAACAUUACAAAGUUAAGAUUAACGAUAUUGUAAAUAUAAUAUGUAUCAUUGAAUUAGAUUAGAUAAUUCUUUGAAUGAGUAGGGAUUGAAACAAAUAACAUUGGCUUUGUUAAAUAGUGUAAAUUUAUAGAAAGCAUCCCUUUAGAUUUUGGAUUCUAAUUAAUAAUUAUAAUAGUAUAUGAGUAAGAUGUAAGCGACGAUAAAUUAAUAUAUAAAAGAUAAGACUAAACUGUAGAAAUCUUAUUGUUUGUUUUUAUAAAAAGAAUUAAAUAAUAAUAAUAAAUAGAUAUCAUAGUAGAUGCUUGUAGGAGUGGCAGAUUACUUGAUUGAGGAUGUAGUUUUACCAGUUCCAGCUGCAGGAUAAUAUCAUAAUCAAUAAGGAGGAUUUGGAUCAAGUUGGAAUCCAUAAUAAAUAGUAGAAAUAUUUGGUUAAUGA